AUGAACACGGGGCCACUUGCACCUUUUAUAUUCACAACUUAUAAUUCUCGUUUAGUUAGUACUUGUCAUUGGGGACUUGCACAUUCCACAUCGGAUACACGACCUGCCUUUAAAAUUCAAAAAACUACUGAAACUUUUGAUUAUUUACGAACGGUGGCUGCCGAUGUCCAUGUUGUAAGAGGUGAUUAUGAUGAAUCUCAUAACUGGCCUCUAUCAAAAAUCAUAACUCAUGGACCACUUCGUAUUGGUGUUCUCCAUGGGCACCAAGUGAUCCCAGUUGGUGAUACCGAAUCACUAUCAAUUAUCGCGCGACAAAUGGACGUGGAUAUUCUACUGACAGGGCAUACACAUCGGUUUGUUGCAUACGAUUACGAGGGAAAAUUCUUUGUGAAUCCUGGGAGUGCUACUGGUGCCUAUUCAGGAUUCGGCGCAGAUGCUAUAAUACCAUCGUUUGUAUUGAUGGAUGUUCAAGGGAAUGUUGUGACAACAUACGUUUAUCAAUUAGUCGAUGGCGAAGUCAAAGUAGAGAAAAUUGAAUACCGAAAAGCUUAUGACACGAGCGGAAGAGUUUUAUAA